CUUUGCGCGAUUCCAGGCAAGUUAGACCGAGUAGUUCUAGUGUAGUGCGAAAUAGAAAAGUAAGUCAAGUCAAACGGCAAUUGGAUGAUGAAGGCGGUGUUUGGGAAUGGUUUAAUUGGCCAACUGGAAAAAGAUUCGAACUAACUUCUAGUGAAACAUAUGCUGAACCCAUGGAAACUACAACGUCGUUAAAUGUUUUGAACGAGGUGCAACAUGUGUUAGACGAGGUAGAACCAGCACCAAGAAUGACAGUUAAAACUACAACUACUGAAUUGCCCUUAAAUCAGCUUAAAAGUGCAUUAAAUUCUUUAGAACAAAAUGAUGUAGAGGAAAAUAUAAAUGAAAAUAGUGAUGUUGCACAAAAACAAGAACAUAUUAUUAAUGAAGUCGCACAAAUGGUCACCAAAAUUCAGCAAAGUAAUGAAGAAGAAGAACCCCUGUACUCCACCCAACGCACCUUCGACGAAUUAUUAAAUUCUGAAGUUUGGAAUGUUCUUGAAAACUCAUCACGGUUACUUUAUCUUCCUACCACUGAAGUUUAUAAUAAGGCACCACAGGUUGAAAAAUCUACGAAAUAUACAAGCGAAAGACAUCAUACAAACAAAAAUAUGCACGAACAUUAUAUCGGCAACAAAGUUCAUCAUGUUACUAUGAUACACAAAGAAGAGUCCUUUAAAAACUAUCCACACAAGGAAAAAACAUCGGAACACACAACCAUAAAAUUAGGAAAAGGUACAGAUAAAUCUGUCCACGAAAAGUAUGCCGGCAAUCAAUUACAGCACGUCACAGUUAAUCAACAUCACGAUGUAGAUCAGUUUUCAUCAGAGUCUCCAAAAAUAAACCAACGUGGGCAGUUAAUGCAUUAUACCAAUAAAAGAAGACGUACAUCUUCGGAAACACCCUCUACACACCAACCUGUCAGUUUAUCAGAAGCAGGGAAUUCAUUGAUAGGACAAGAAAUUCCUGGUACAUAUGAAGCAGCUGAAAGUGAAGCAACAACACAAGAAAAAAAUGUUGCGCUCAAUGCAGAUCGUACAACCAGAGUACAAGAAGGUACAGAAAAAGCAACGUUAUUUUUGGAUGAACUUCAUAAGGGACAUGGUCAGAGAAUGCACUAUACCAAUAAAAGAAGACGUACAUCUACGGAAACACCCUCAACACAUCAACCUGUCAGUUUGUCAGAAGCAGGGAAUUCAUUCAUAGAUGAGUUUCAUAACAAACAUGAAACAUCUACCUUAUGUGUUCUUUGUAACAAAGGACAAGAAAUUCCUGGGACAUAUGAAGCAGCUAAAAAUGAAGUAACAACACAAAAAACAAAUAUGGUGCCCACUGCAGGUCACACAACCGGAGUAAAAGAAGGUACAGAAAAAACAACGUUAUUUUUUGAUGAACUUCAUAAGGGAGAUGGGCAGAGAAUGCACUAUACCAAUAAAAGAAGACGUACAUCUACGGAAACACCAUCUACACAUCAACCUGUGAGUUUAUCAGAAGCAGGAAAUUCAUUCAUAGAUGAGUUUCAUAACAAACAUGAAACAUCUACCUUAUGUGUUCUUUGUAAAAAAGGAGAGGAAAUACCGGGAACAUACGCGGAAGCUAAAAGUCAAACAACUGAAAAGGAAUUAGUAAAAUCAUCAAAAACUAAACAAGAAAGUAAAUUAACGACAAAAGUAAGUGAAAAAAAGAUAAAGGUUUCAGUGCAGGUGGAGCGAACGACAAUACUUCCUGAAAGCACUAAGUCAGAGAUGACACAUAAAUAUACGGAACGCAUAACAAAACUAAACAAACCAGAGGAAAAAAUUACAACUCAAAAACCAGCUACCACUGAAAAAACAGUACAUGUGGCAGUAAAGGAAAAAGAAGAAGAAGCAACAACUGAAGUGGCUAAAAAUAAAGCGACAGCAAAUAAAGAAGAAAGUGCCACAUCUAAAGCUACUGAAGGUGGUGUGAUUUCGUCACAAAUUACCCGGGAAAAUGAGAUAAAAAGUAGCAAAGGAGAAGAAGGUGGCACAACAAAAAUUUUUACAAAUUCGGAAGCAUUACAUACUUCAAUACAAUCUACGAAAAUAAUAAACAAAGAGGCAGAAAGUAUAACAACAGAAAAAAAGGGAGGAGCAACAAAAGAAGAAGGGCAAAUUGUUCAAAGUGGAGCAACAACACCAUAUGCUACAACAGAACACAAAGGAGAAUUACACAAAGAGGAAGAAGGUGCAACAAAAUAUAAAGAAGAAGAAGCAAGCAAGAAGACAGAAAGUGUAACAACUGAAAAAGCUGAAGGCGGUUCGCCGAGAGCACAAACAACAAAACAACACGAAGGUACAGAAACCAAAGUGCAGGAAGUGGGUACUACACAAUUAAGCGAAGAUGUCGAAAUUACAGUUGUUGCUGCAACAGACUAUAUCGAAGAAGUGAGCAAAGAAGCAGAAAUUGUAACAAGUGAAGAAGUUGAAGGUGGUAUCACUACAAUGCAAGCAGAAAAAGAACACGAAGGAGAAGAGACUAAGGAGGAAUCAGUUGCUACGACUCAGUUAGUUGAGGGUGGCGCAACACCAGCUUCCGCCGUGACAGAACAUGUUGAAGAACUCAGCAAAGAAGCAGAAGCUGUGACAACUGCAGUAGUUAAAGGAGGUGCGACCACACUACAAGCAGGAAAAGAACAUGAAGAAAAUACCAAAGAGGAACAAGUUGUCACAACACAAGUAGCUGAGGGUGGCGCGACGACAGCUCACGCUGCGAAAGAAAAUGGAGAAGAACUAAACAAGGGGGCACAAGCUGUGACAACUGAAGUAGUUGAAAGUGGCGCGACCACAGUACAAGCAGGAAAAGAAAACGGAGGGGAAGAGACCAAAGAGGAAGCAGUUGGCACAACACAAUUAGCCGAAGGAGGCGCAACGACAGCUCACGCUGUGGCAGAACACGAAGAAGAAGUACGCAAGGAAGAAGAAAUUGUAACAACUGAAGUAGUUGAAGGUGGUGCGACCACAGCACAAGCAGGAAACGAACACGAAGCGGAAGAGACCAAAAAGGAAGCAGUUGGCACAACAAAACUAGUUGAAGGUGGUGCGACGACAAAACAUGCUGCGACAGAACAUGGAAAAGAAGUAAAUACGGAGGCAGAAGCUGUCACAACUGAAGAAGUUCAAGGUGGUGCGACCACAGGGCUAGCAGGAAAAGAACAAGAAGGGGAAGAGACCAAGGAGGAAGAAGUUGCCACAACACAACUAGUUGAAAGUGGUGCGACGACAGCACAUGUUGCGACAGAACAUGGAGAAAAAGUUAAUAAGGAGGCAGAAGCUGUGACAACUGAAGUAGUUGAAGGUGGUGGGACCACUGAAGAAGCGGGAAACGAACACGAAGAGGAAAAGACCAAAGAGGAAGAAGUUGGCACAACACAACUAGUUGAAGGUGGUGCGGCGACAGCUCAUGUUGGGACAGAACAUGGAGAAGAAGUAAGCAAGAAGACAGAAGCUGUCACAACUGGAGAAGUUCAAGCUGGUGCGACCACAGUACAAGCAGGAAAAGAACACGAAGGGGGAGAGACCAAGGAGGAACAAGUUGGCACAACACAACUAGUUGACGGUGGUGCAACGACAGCUCAUGUUGCGACAGAACAUGGAGAAGGGGUAAGCACGGAGGCAGAAGCUGUCACAACUGAAGAAGUUCAAGGUGGUGCGACCACCGUACAAGCAGGAAAGGAACAUGAAGGGGAAGAGACCAAGGAGGAAAAACUUGGCACAACAAAAUUAGUAGAAGCAGGCGAAACGACAGCUCACGUUGUGGCAGAACACGAAGAAGAAGUAAGCACGGAGGCAGAAGUUGUGACAACCGAAGUAGUUGAAGGUGGUGCGACCACAGUACAGGCAGGAAAAGAACAAGAAGGGGAAGAGAUCAAGGAGGAAGAAGUUGCCACAACACAACUAGUUGAAGGUGGUGCGACGACAGCUCAUGUUGCGACAGAACAUGGAGAAGAAGUCAGCAAGGAGGCAGAAGCUGUCACAACUGAAGAAGUUCAAGGUGGUGCGACCACCGUACAAGCAGGAAAGGAACAUGAAGGGGAAGAGACCAAGGAGGAAAAACUUGGCACAACAAAAUUAGUAGAAGCAGGCGAAACGACAGCUCACGUUGUGGCAGAACACGAAGAAGAAGUAAGCACGGAGGCAGAAGCUGUGACAACCGAAGUAGUUGAAGGUGGUGCGACCACAGUACAGGCAGGAAAAGAACAAGAAGGGGAAGAGAUCAAGGAGGAAGAAGUUGCCACAACACAACUAGUUGAAGGUGGUGCGACGACAGCUCAUGUUGCGACAGAACAUGGAGAAGAAGUCAGCAAGGAGGCAGAAGCUGUCACAACUGAAGAAGUUCAAGGUGGUGCGACCACAGUACAGGCAGGAAAAGAACACGAGGGGGAAGAGAUCAAACAGGAAGAAGUUGGCACAACACAACUAGUUGAAGGUGGUGCGACGACAACUCAUGUUGCGACAGAACAUGGAGAACAUGUAAGCAAGGAGGCAGAAGCUGCCAAAACUGAAGUAGUUGAAGGUGGUGGGAUCACAGUACAAGUAGGAAAAAAACACGAAGGCGAAGAGAUCAAAGAGGAAGAAGUUGGCACAACACAACUAGUUGAUGGUGGUGCGACGACAGCUCAUGUUGCGACAGAACAUGGAGAAGAAGUCAGCAAGGAGGCAGAAGCUGUCACAACUGAAGAAGUUCAAGGUGGUGCGACCACAGUACAGGCAGGAAAAGAACACGAGGGGGAAGAGACCAAAGAGGAAGCAGUUGGCACGACACAACUAGCUGAAGGUGGUGCGACAACAGCUCAUGUUGCGACAGAACAUGGAGAAGAAGUAAGCAAGGAGGCAGAAGCUGUCACAACUGAAGAAGUUCAAGGUGGUGCGACCACAGUACAGGCAGGAAAAGAACACGAGGGGGAAGAGACCAAAGAGGAAGCAGUUGGCACGACACAACUAGCUGAAGGUGGUGCGACAACAGCUCAUGUUGCGACAGAACACGCAGAAGAAGUAAGCAAGGAGGAAGAAGCCGUCACAACUGGAGAAGUUCAGGCUGGUGCGACCACUGUACAAGUAGGAAAAGAACACGAAGGCAAAGGGAUCAAAGAGGAAGAAGUUGGCACAACGCAACUAGUUGAAGGUGGUGCGACGACAGCUCACACUGUGACACAACACGAAGAAGAAGUUAGCAAGGAGGAAGAAAUUGUAACAACUGAAGUAGUUGAAGGUGGUGCGACCACAGAACAGGCAGGAAAAGAACACGAGGGGGAAGAGACCAGAGAGGAAUCAGUUGGCACAACACAACUAGUUGAAGGUGGUGCGACGACAGCUCAUCUUGCGACAGAACAUGGAGAAGAAGUAAGUACGGAGGCAGAAGCUCUGGCAACUGAAGUAGUUGAAGGUGGUGGGACCACAGAACAAGUAGGAAAAGAACACGAAGGGGAAGAGAACAAAGAGGAAGAAGUUGGCACAACACAACUAGUUGAAGGUGGUGCGACCACAGUUCAUGUUGCGACAGAACUCGAAGAAGAAGUAAGCAAGGAGGAAGAAUUUGUAGCAACUGAAGCAGUUGAAGGUGGGGCGACCACAUUACAAGCAGGAAAAGAACACGAAGGGGAAGAGACCAAAGAGGAAGAAGUUGGCACAACACAACUAGUUGAAGGCGGUGCGACGACAGCUCAUGUUGUGACAGAACAUGGAGAAGAAUUAAGCACGGAGGCAGAAGUUAUGACAACUGAAGUAGUUGAGGGUAGUGGGACCACAGAACAAGCAGUAAAAGAACUCGAAGAAGAAGAGACCAAGGAGGAAGAAGUUGCUACAACACAACUAGUUGAAGGUGGUGCGACGACAGCUCAUGUUGCGACAGAACAUGGAGAAGAAGUCAGCAAGGAGGCAGAAGCUGUCACAACUGAAGAAGUUCAAGGUGGUGCGACCACAGUACAGGCAGGAAAAGAACACGAGGGGGAAGAGAUCAAAGAGGAAGAAGUUGGCACAACACAACUAGUUGAAGGUGGUGGGACCACAGUACAAGCAGGAAAAGAACACGAGGGGGCAGAGACCAAAGAGGAGGCAGUUGGCACAACACAACUAGUUGAAGGUGGUGCGACGACAGCCCAUGUUGCGACAGAACAUGGAGAAGAAGUAAGCAAGGAGGCAGAAGCUGUGACAACUGAAGUAGUUGAAGGUGGUGGGACCACAGGACAAGCAGGAAAAGAACAAGAAGGGGAAGAGACCAAGGAGGAAGUAGUUGCCACAACACAACUAGUUGAAGGUGGUGCGACGACAGCUCAUGUUGCGACAGAACAUGGAGAAGAAUUAAGCACGGAGGCAGAAACUAUGACAACUGAAGUAGUUAAGGGUGGUGGGACCACAGAACAAGCAGUAAAAGAACUCGAAGAAGAAGAGACCAAGGAGGAAGAAGUAGGCACAACACAACUAGUUGAAGGUGGUGCGACGACAGCUCAUUUUGCAACAGAACAUGGAGAAGGGGUAAGCACGGAGGCAGAAGCUGUCACAACUGAAGAAGUUCAAGGUGGUGCGAUCACCGUACAACCAGGAAAGGAACAUGAAGGGGAAGAGACCAAGGAGGAAGAACUUGGCACAACACAAUUAGUGGAAGGAGGCGCAACGACAGCUCACGUUGUGGCAGAACACGAAGAAGAAGUAAGCACGGAGGCAGAAGCUGUGACAACCGAAGUAGUUGAAAGUGGUGCGACCACAGUACAGGCAGGAAAAGAACACGAGGGGGAAGAGACCAAAGAGGAAGCAGUUGGCACAACACAACUAGUUGAAAGUGGCGCGACGACAGCUCAUGUUGCGACAGAAUAUGGAGAAGAAGUAAGCACGGAGGCAGAAGCUGUCACAACUGAAGUAGUUGAAAGUGGUGGGACCACAGGACAAGCAGGAAAAGAACACGAAGGGGAAGAGACCAAAGAGGAAAAAGUUGGCACGACACAACUAGUUGAAGGUGGUGCGACGACAGCUCAUGUUGCGACAGAACAUAGUGAAGAAGUAAGCAAGGAGGAAGAAAUUGUAACAACUGAAGAAGUUCAAGGUGGUGCGACCACUGUACAAGAAGGAAAAGAACACGAAGGGGGAGAGAACAAGGAGGAAGAAGUUGGCACAACACAACUAAUUGAAGGUGGGGCGACGACAGCUCAUGUUACGACAGAACACGAAGAAGAAGUAAGCAAGGAGGAAGAAUUUGUAACAACUGAGGCAGUUGAAGGUGGAGCGACCACAGGACAAGCAGGAAAAGAACACGAAGGGGAAGAGACCAAGGCAGAAGAAGUUGGCACAACACAACUAGUUGAAGGUGGUGCGACGACAGCUCAUGUUGCGAUAGAACAUGGUGAAGAAGUAAGCAAAGAGGCAGAAGCCGUCACAACUGGAGAACAUCAUGCUGGUGCGACCACUGUACAAGUUGGAAAAGAACACGAAGAGGAAGGGACCAAACUGGAAGAAGUUGGCACAACACAAUUAGGAGAAGGGGGCGCAACGACAGCUCACGCUAUCACAGAACACGAAGAAGAAGUAAGCAAAGAGGAAGAAAUUGUAACAACUGAGGUAGUUAAAGGUGGUGCGACCACAGUACAGGGAGGAAAAGAACACGAAGGGGAAGAAACCAAGGAAGAAGAAGUUGGCACAACACAACUAGUCGAAGGUGGUGCGACGACAGCUCAUGUUGCGACAGAACACGGAGAAGAAAUAAGCAAGGAGGCAGAAGCUGUCACAACUGAAGUAGUUGAAGGUGGUGGGACCACAGAACAAGCAGGAAAAGAACACGAAGGGGAAGAGACCAAAGAGGAAAAAGUUGGCACGACACAACUAGUUGAAGGUGGUGCGACGACAGCUCAUGUUGCGACAGAACAUGGUGAAGAAGUAAGCAAGGAGGAAGAAAUUGUAACAACUGAAGAAGUUCAAGGUGGUGCGACCACUGUACAAGAAGGAAAAGAACACGAAGGGGGAGAGAAUAAGGAGGAAGAAGUUGGCACAACACAACUAAUUGAAGGUGGGGCGACGACAGCUCAUGUUGCGCCAGAACACGAAGAAGAAGUAAGCAAGGAAGAAGAAAUUGUAACAACUGAGGUAGUUGAAGGUGGUGCGACCACAGUACAGGCAGGAAAAGAACACGAAGGGGAAGAGACCAAGAAAGAAGAAGUUGGCACAACACAACUAGUGGAAGGUGGUGCGACGACAGCUCAUGUUGCGACAGAAAACGGAGAAGAAGUAAGCAAAGAGGCAGAAGCCUUCACAACUGAAGAAGUUCAGGCUGGUGCGACCACUGUACAAGUUGGAAAAGAACACGAAGGGGAAGGGACCAAACAGGAAGAAGUUGGCACAACACAAUUAGGUGAAGGAGGCGCAACGACAGCUCACGCUAUGACAGAACACGAAGAAGAAGUAAGCAAGGAGGAAGAAAUUGUAACAACUGAAGAAGUUCAAGGUGGUGCGACCACUGUACAAGAAGGAAAAGAACACGAAGGGGGAGAGAACAAGGAGGAAGAAGUUGGCACGACACAACUAGUUGAAGGUGGUGCGACAACAGCUCAUGUUGCGACAGAACAUGGUGAAGAAGUAAGCAAGGAGGAAGAAAUUGUAACAACUGAAGAAGUUCAAGGUGGUGCGACCACUGUACAAGAAGGAAAAGAACACGAAGGGGGAGAGAAUAAGGAGGAAGAAGUUGGCACAACACAACUAAUUGAAGGUGGGGCGACGACAGCUCAUGUUGCGCCAGAACACGAAGAAGAAGUAAGCAAGGAAGAAGAAAUUGUAACAACUGAGGUAGUUGAAGGUGGUGCGACCACAGUACAGGCAGGAAAAGAACACGAAGGGGAAGAGACCAAGAAAGAAGAAGUUGGCACAACACAACUAGUGGAAGGUGGUGCGACGACAGCUCAUGUUGCGACAGAACACGGAGAAGAAGUAAGCAAAGAGGCAGAAGCCUUCACAACUGAAGAAGUUCAGGCUGGUGCGACCACUGUACAAGUUGGAAAAGAACACGAAGGGGAAGGGACCAAACAGGAAGAAGUUGGCACAACACAAUUAGGUGAAGGAGGCGCAACGACAGCUCACGCUAUGACAGAACACGAAGAAGAAGUAAGCAAGGAGGAAGAAAUUGUAACAACUGAAGAAGUUCAAGGUGGUGCGACCACUGUACAAGAAGGAAAAGAACACGAAGGGGGAGAGAACAAGGAGGAAGAAGUUGGCACGACACAACUAGUUGAAGGUGGUGCGACAACAGUUCAUGUUGCGACAGAACAUGGUGAAGAAGUAAGCAAGGAGGAAGAAAUUGUAACAACUGAAGAAGUUCAAGGUGGUGCGACCACUGUACAAGAAGGAAAAGAACACGAAGGGGGAGAGAAUAAGGAGGAAGAAGUUGGCACAACACAACUAAUUGAAGGUGGGGCGACGACAGCUCAUGUUGCGCCAGAACACGAAGAAGAAGUAAGCAAGGAAGAAGAAAUUGUAACAACUGAGGUAGUUGAAGGUGAUGCGACCACAGUACAGGCAGGAAAAGAACACGAAGGGGAAGAGACCAAGAAAGAAGAAGUUGGCACAACACAACUAGUGGAAGGUGGUGCGACGACAGCUCAUGUUGCGACAGAACACGGAGAAGAAGUAAGCAAAGAGGCAGAAGCCUUCACAACUGAAGAAGUUCAGGCUGGUGCGACCACUGUACAAGUUGGAAAAGAACACGAAGGGGAAGGGACCAAACAGGAAGAAGUUGGCACAACACAAUUAGGUGAAGGAGGCGCAACGACAGCUCACGCUAUGACAGAACACGAAGAAGAAGUAAGCAAGGAGGAAGACAUUGUAACAACUGAAGAAGUUCAAGGUGGUGCGACCACUGUACAAGAAGGAAAAGAACACGAAGGGGGAGAGAACAAGGAGGAAGAAGUUGGCACGACACAACUAGUUGAAGGUGGUGCGACAACAGCUCAUGUUGCGACAGAACAUGGUGAAGAAGUAAGCAAGGAGGAAGAAAUUGUAACAACUGAAGAAGUUCAAGGUGGUGCGACCACUGUACAAGAAGGAAAAGAACACGAAGGGGGAGAGAAUAAGGAGGAAGAAGUUGGCACAACACAACUAAUUGAAGGUGGGGCGACGACAGCUCAUGUUGCGCCAGAACACGAAGAAGAAGUAAGCAUGGAAGAAGAAAUUGUAACAACUGAGGUAGUUGAAGGUGGUGCGACCACAGUACAGGCAGGAAAAGAACACGAAGGGGAAGAGACCAAGAAAGAAGAAGUUGGCACAACACAACUAGUGGAAGGUGGUGCGACGACAGCUCAUGUUGCGACAGAACACGGAGAAGAAGUAAGCAAAGAGGCAGAAGCCUUCACAACUGAAGAAGUUCAGGCUGGUGCGACCACUGUACAAGUUGGAAAAGAACACGAAGGGGAAAGGACCAAACAGGAAGAAGUUGGCACAACACAAUUAGGUGAAGGAGGCGCAACGACAGCUCACGCUAUGACAGAACACGAAGAAAAAGUAAGCAAGGAGGAAGAAAUUGUAACAACUGAGGUAAUUGAAGCUGGUGCGACCAGAGUACAGGUAGGAGAAGAACACAAAGGGGAAGAGACCAAGGCAGAAGAAGUUGGCACAACACAACUAAUUGAAGGUGGUGCGACGACAGCUCAUGUUGCGACAGAACACGGAGAAGAAGUAAGCAAGGAGGCUGAAGCUGUCACAACUGAAGAAGUUCAAGGUGGUGCCACCACUGUACAAGAAGGAAAAGAACACGAAGGGGGAGAGAACAAGGAGGAAGAAGUUGGCACAACACAAUUAAUUGAAGGUGGGGCGACGACAGCUCAUGUUGCGCCAGAACACGAAGAAGAAGUAAGCAAGGAAGAAGAAAUUGUAACAACUGAGGUAGUUGAAGGUGGUGCGACCACAGUACAGGCAGGAAAAGAACACGAAGGGGAAGAGACCAAGAAAGAAGAAGUUGGCACAACACAACUAGUGGAAGGUGGUGCGACGACAGCUCAUGUUGCGACAGAACACGGAGAAGAAGUCAGCAAGGAGGCAGAAGUUGCCACAACUGAAAUAGUUGAAGGUGGUGGGACCACAGUACAAGCAGGAAAAGAACACGAAGGGGAAGAUAUCAAAGAAGAAGCCGUUGGCACGACACAGCUAGCUGAAGGUGGUGCGACAACAGCUCAUGUUGCGACAGACAAUGGAGAAGAAGUAAGCAAGGAGGCAGAAGCUGUCACAACUGAAGAAGUUCAAGGUGGUGCGACCACAGUACAAACAGGAAAAGAACAAGAAGGUGAAGAGACCAAAGAGGAAGUAGUUGGCACAACACAACUAGUUGAGGGUGGUGCGACGACAGCUCAUGUUGCGACAGAACAUGGAGAAGAAAUAAGCACGGAGGCAGAAGCUAUGACAACUGAAGUAGUUGAGGGUGGUGGGACCACAGAACAAGCAGUAAAAGAACACGAAGAAGAAGAGACCAAGGAGGAAGAAGUUGGCACAACACAAUCAGCGGAAGGGGGCACAAUGACAACUCACGCUGUGGCAGAACACGAAGAAGAAGUGAGCAUAGAGGAAGAAAUUGUAACAACUGAGGUAGUUGAAGGUGGUGCAACCACAGUACAAGAAGGACAAGAACACGAAGGGGGAGGGAACAAGGAGGAAGAAGUUGGCACAACACAAUUAGGAGAAGGGGGCGCAACGACAGCUCAUGUUGCGACAGAACACGAAGAAGAAGUAAGCAAGGAGGAAGAAUUUGUAACAACUGAGGCAGUAGAAGGUGGGGCGACCACAGGACAAGCAGGAAAAGAAUACGAAGGGGAAGAGACCAAAGAGGAAGAAGUUGGCACAACACAACUAGUUGAAGGUGGUGCGACGACAGCUCAUGUUGCAACAGAACAUGGAGAAGAAGUAAACAAGGAGGCUGAAGCUGUCACAACUGAAGAAGUUCAAGGUGGUGCCACCACUGUACAAGAAGGAAAAGAACACGAAGGGGGAGAGAACAAGGAGGAAGAAGUUGGCACAACACAACUAGUUGAAGGUGGUGCGACGACAGCUCAUGUUGCAACAGAACAUGGAGAAGAAGUAAACAAGGAGGCUGAAGCUGUCACAACUGAAGAAGUUCAAGGUGGUGCGACUACCGUACAAUCAGGAAAAGAACACGAAGGGGAAGAGACCAAGGAGGAAGAAGUUGGCACAACACAACCAGUUGAAGGUGGUGCGACAACAGCUCAUGUUGCGACAGAACAUGGAGAAGAAUUAAGCACGGAGGCAGAAGCUAUGACAACUGAAAUAGUUGAGGGUGGUGGGACGACAGCUCAUGUUGCGACAGAACACGGAGAAGAAGUAAGCAAGGAGGCAGAAGCUGUCACAACUGAAGUAGUUGAAGGUGGUGGGGCCACAGGACAAACAGGAAAGGAACACGAAGGGGAAGAGACCAAAGAGGAAGUAGUUGGCACAACACAACUAGUUGAGGGUGGUGCGACGACAGCUCAUGUUGUGUCAGAACAUGGAGAAGAAGUAAGCACGGAGGCAGAAGCUAUGACAACUGAAGUAGUUGAGGGUGGUGGGACUACAGAACAAGCAGUAAAAGAACACGAAGGAGAAGAGACCAAGGAGGAAGAAGUUGGCACAACACAAUCAGCGGAAGGGGGCACAAUGACAGCUCAUGUUGCGACAGAACACGAAGAAGAAGUAAGCAAAGAAGAAGAAAUUGUAACAACUGAGGUAGUUGAAGGUGGUGCGACCACAGUACAGGUAGGAAAAGAACACGAAGGGGGAGAGAACAAGGAGGAAGAAGUUGGCACAACACAACUAAUUGAAGGUGGGGCGACGACAGCCCAUGUUGCGGCAGAACACGAAGAAGAAGUAAGCAAGGAGGAAGAAUUUGUAACAACUGAAGCAGUUGAAGGUGGGGCGACCACAGGACAAGCAGGAAAAGAAUACGAAGGGGAAGAGACCAAAGAGGAAGAAGUUGGCACAACACAACUAGUUGAAGGUGGUGCGACGACAGCUCAUGUUGCGACAGAACAUGGAGAAGAAGUAAGCAUGGAGGCAGAAGCUGUCACAACUGAAGAAGUUCAAGGUGGUGCGACCACGGUACAUGCCGGAAAAGAACAAGAAGGGGAAGAGACCGAGGUGAAAGAAGUUGGGACAACACAACUAGCUGUGAGUGGCGCUACGAUAGUUCAGACUGCAAUAGAACAUGAAGAAGAAUCAAGUAGGGAAGAAAAAGGUGGCACCACAACAGUAUACGUUCUACGUGAGCAUGAAGGAGAAGGAAACAAAGAGCAAGAAGCAGCCACCAAAGAAAAAGUGGUAGAAGUCUCUUCGAAACUAUUUGAAACAACAGCACGUGAAGAACAAAUGAGUAAGGAGCUAGAGGUUGCCACAAUUGAAGUCAUUACAGAGGAGGAAAGAAUGUCACCCGUAGGAACCAUUGCUGGACAGACUACUGUGAACAAUUUACCUGGGGAGACUGUUCAUCAUACAACUCUUAAUGCAAAAACUGUAAUAGAAUUUAAUAAUUUACACACAACAGGUAAAUUUGCAGAAGCUACAGUUUAUCUUGAAGAUAUUGUGAGUCAAACACCCGAAGAAGUCGUAGUUACAUUUAAAACAAUUUCAUCUAACGAUCAAAAUUUAAUACCUGGAACAUUUAAACAAACUACAAAUUUAUUGUUGAAACAUGAAACUGGAGUCGAUAGGAAGUUAGGCAAGGGGACAGAAACAACUAUGCAAGAAACUGCAGUCGGCAAGUUUAGUAAAAGGCAUGAAACGACUGAAUUACUAACUGAAUUGCAAACUACGACAAGAAGAGGCACAGAAGUUAUCCAGGAAUUCGCUGAAGAUGAAAUGGAACACUUUUCAGAAAACCAUGUGACACCAUGUGAACUCUGUGAAACCGAAAGUAGGUUGAAUAAAACUUCCACACCUCACAAUGAAACUCAACAAACAGAAUUGUCGUCAACAACAGAGGAAGUAGUUUCGAAAUCAAAUGAAACGAAUUUUGCCAGUGAUUUGAAUGUGAAACAUGUUACCAAGCUUGUUAAUAUUGAGGCUGCAUCAUCAACUGUAAUUCCAGAAUAUGAAAAACAAGAAACUUCCAAUGUAGAAACGCUUGAACAUAUUAGUCCCCAUAGUUCCGUAAUGCCGGAAGAAUUAGAGUCAAAAAUUCGUAACGAAAGUACAGAACAUAUGCUUGCAGAAACAGAAAAGGGAGAAAAUAUUAGCGACGAAUAUGAGGGAAACGAAGUGAGUAAUAUUUCUGAAAUCCCUCAAACAAAAAAAGAAAAGACUACAGUUUCGGAAAGCGAGUCAACAACCGUGGUUUCGAAAUCAAGUGAAGUGAAUUUUGUUAGCGACUUAAAUGUUUUGAAACAUAUUACCGAGUUUGGUAACACUGAAGUUAUAACAUCAUCUGUAAUUCUAGAAGAUGAAGAAUUAGAAACUUCCAACACAGAAGCGCUGGAACAUGUUACUCGUCAUAGUUCCAUAAUACCGGAAGAAUUGGAGUCAAAAAUCUUUAACGAAAGUACAGAACAUUCACUUGCAACAGAAAGGGGAGAAAAUGUUAGCAACGAAUAUGAGGAAUACGAAGUGAGUAAUCUUUCUGCAACCACUCAAACAAAAAAGGAAAGCGAGCCAGCAACUGUGGUUUCAAAAUCAAGUGAAACGAAUUUUGUUAGCGACCUGAAUGUUUUGAAACAUAUUACCGAGUUUGGUAACACUGAAGUUGCAACAUCAUCUGUAAUGCUAGAACAUGAAGAGCAAGGAACUUCCAAUGCAGAAUUAGUGGAACAUCAUAGUUCCAUAAAAUCGGAAGAAUUGGAGUUACAAAUCUUUAACGAAAGUACAGAACAUAUGCUUGAAGAAACAGAAAAGGGAGAAAGUACUAACAGCGAAUCUGAAGAAUACGAAGUGAGUAAUCUUUCUGAAACCACACAGAACAAAAACGAAAAGACUGGAGUUUCGGAAACCGAGUCAACAACAAAUUUAUUGCCGAAACAACAAACUGGAAUCGGUAAAAAGUUUGACGAAGGGACAGCGACAACUUUGCAAGAAACUGCAGUCGGCAAGUUUAGUAAAGAGCAAGAAACAACCGAAUUACUGACUGAAUUACAGACUACGACAAGAAAAGGCACAGAAGUUAUCCAGGAAUUCGCUGAAGAUGAAAUGGAACACUUUUCAGAAAAUAGUGUGACACCGUGUGAACUCUGUGAAACCGAAAGCAUGUUCAAUAAAACUUCUACACCUCAGACUAAAACUCAACAAACAGAGUUAUCGUCAACAACAAUGGAAGUAGUUUCAAAAUCAAGUGAAACGAAUUUUGCUAUUGGUUCGAAACAUUUUAACACUAAGGUUGCAACAUCAAGCGUAAUUCCAGAACAUGAAGAACAAAAAACUUCCAACAUAGAAACUCUGGAACAUGUUAGUCAUUAUAGUUCCAUAAUACCGGAAGAACUGGAGUCAAAAAUCCUUAACGAAAGUACAGAACAUAUGCUUGAAGGAACAGAAAAGGAAGAAAAUACUAGUAACGAAUACGACGAAUACGAAGUGAGUAAUAUUUCUGAAAUCACUCUAACAGAAAAAGAAAAAACUACAGUUUCGGAAAGCGAGUUUCAUGAGUUACAACAAGUAACAGAAUUCCCUAGUGUUCAAAAUCAACUUACUGAAAAGUCGUCUUCGGUAUCAAUAGCGACUAACAUAAGUGAAGAAGAAUAUGUUACUGAAGGUGUAACACCAUUUUUUGAAACAGAGGAAGAAAACGGUUCUGAAACACUUAAAGAAACUGCUACGACGUACCCAUAUACAACAGUUAAUGUAAGUGAAGAACAACAUAAAAGUAAGGGUUCUAAGGCUUCCAACGUUUCAAAUGCGCUAAAGUUCAGUACUACUGUCAUGUUGCUGAUUUCCUCUGUAUAUGGCAACCAUACUGCUGGUACUGGGGGGACCACACACAAACCCACAACUCUUCCUUCUGUUUAUGUUGACCUCCCUGUAUUUUUACCAAAUACGUCGACCUCUCACUUUCAAGAACAUGCAACGGCGCAUACUACUCCCUUAGAGAGUCAUUUAAUAAAAAUCAUGAGCAGUAACGUAACUGAAACAUUGAUACUCUUUCUAAGUGGACCAAACAAUGAAGCUAUGAAAAAAUUAAAUGGAUCCAAGUGGGUAAGACGUUUGGGCCCGUCCGAAGCAAAGUAUCAAGCUUACUCCGCGAUUCCACCUUACGAAGCCAUACCUUUAACAAAAAUACCUUUUCCAAAGUAUAUAGGCUUGGAUGAAUGCACGAAAGGUGAUUUUGAGAACAAUAAUAAGUGUUUCUGUUCGGUUGAUAGUUUGUUGUCAUCUCUGAAGCAAGGAGUAGUGGGGCAAAACACAACUGAACAUUUGGCUUGUUUGAAUUAUCUUAAAGUUCACGGCGGGGUGACCAUCGGGAAUGAAUCAGUGCCUCACAUAAGAAAAAAAAGAAGUUACUGGUUUGGCAAAUAUGAUGCCGAAAUGAAAAGGGAAGCGAUAGAUUAUACUAAGGGUUUUUUUAAGGAGGAUUUCAAAAUUCAUAAUACAGAUGCUCGAAUAUAUGCUUUGCCCGAUUCAAGAGUGAUAUUACCAUGUUUGAACAGAGACGAAGUUAUUGAAUAUAAUAGAUAUAUGCAAUAUUACUGGACAUUUGAAGAUGAAGUCCGUAUCAAUGAUCAUCAAAUACAAGAAAAUGAAGGUAACUUACUCAUAGAAGAUGUAAUGCCUAAAGAUAGUGGAAACUACACGUGCACAGUAAAAUCGCGGCUCAAUGAAAAAAGUAAUAUCGUACAAAAAUAUUACCAUCAGCUGGUGAUUGUGUCUACGCCCAUAUACAAAGUUACAACUAGUCUUAUUUACGAUCUAAAAGAACCGUGUGAAUUAAGCGAUGGUGAUAUUUUAUCUAUGUAUUUGCCCAACAUUCUAGAUGGUCUUUUAUGCGGAUAUCACGAAAAAAUGUGCAAAAUUGAUGUUCGUCGACCGCUGUGCAUUAACAGGGAGGAAGAAAAACUGAUAAACGUCACAUUCACGGUAACAAUGUUCACUUUAAAAGAAAUUGUACCCAUGAUUGACAUUAACAGUUGCAACUUAAACUGUCAAAUGGAGCUAUGCUCAAAUCUUGCUGCAGUUUUAGUCAAAAAUAUUCAAACUUUUGCUAAGCUUACAGUUUUUUCUAAACUCGCUCUUAAGGAACAAGAUUUUAAUCCAAAGAAAGUUGAACACUUGAAGAAGAAAGAAAAAGGACGGUGGUCAACACCACCUGUACUGAUUGUCACUUGUCCCAGUGGAUUUGGCGUAGAAAAAAAAGAACCUCGAAUUUGUGUUGUUUGUCCAAAAAAUACGUACAAUGUUGGCUCGGAAUCUUACUGCAAAGAGUGUCCGGCUGGACAAUACCAACCAAUAGCUGGAUCUAAGUCAUGUUUGGUCUGUUCUUCCCCAUUAGAAAAUCGAGCAUGUCUUCGGGUUCUGUAUGCGAACACUGAGUACUUCAAGAUAUAUGUAGGUGUUGCUUUUGCGAUAGUGUUGUUCCUUAUUAUCGUUAUUUGCUAUUGCACAAGAAAUGGCACUGCGGACUCUUUAACCAACAGUAAAAGGCACGAUUAUGUAUAUACUAUGUUAAGAAAGGAUGCUGAUGUAGAACGAGGGACGAAUCAACCUUUAUUAAAGAACACUAACAGAGGACACAUAAGAAAUACUGCUCCACCACAAUUGCCACCCCGUGAUUUUUAGUAUACGGAUAUUUUAAUUUUUAUAUUAUUUAUUUUUAA